AUGCAAAGCUUAUAUUAUUCUGUGUUUGAUACUGAUGUAUGUACGGUGCUAGUCGUAUUAAAUCAGGAUGGUUGUAUAUGUUAUGCUUCAUUGGGAAAACCUGCAGUUGAGCUAAAACGAAUAAUGGUUAAGGAUUUCCAGUCAUUGUCAUAUCAGCUCAAACCACUAUCCACAAUGAAAGGCGAUAAAGCUCAAAUAGAUAAAUCGGUGGAGAAAUUUAAACUAUUGGUAGAAAAGCCUUCAGUAUCCCAGGAUAUCAAAAUCCAAAUAGUAUUUGGUACGCCGUUUCAGAGAAAAGUAUGGAAGGAAUUAAUCAAGAUACCAGCAGGAGAAAUUCGAACAUAUAAAGAAUUGGCGGAUUCACUAGGUACGCAUAGCCGUGUAGUUGGGAAUUGCUGUGGUGCAAAUAGAGUCGCUGUCUUGAUUCCGUGCCACAGAGUUGUGGGUGCAAAUCAUAAGCUCACUGGUUACAGAUGGGGGAAAUCCUAUAAGGAAUAUUUAUUGAAGCAGGAAGGUAUAGAUAUUUAA